AUGGCUCCUACAGCAACCGUUUCGUCGGUCGGCGCAGCCGUCGCCUCAAUCCCCACCACGCUCAAGACCGUCGCUCACGCCGUCUCCUCCACCGCGUCCACCUCUUCCUCCACGCUCUCCACCCAAGACGUCAUCCACAAGGAAGCCGAAUACGGCGCGCACAACUACCACCCCUUGCCCGUCGUGUUCGACCGCGCCCAAGGCGCACACGUCUGGGACCCCGAGGGAAAACAGUACCUCGACUUCCUUUCCGCCUACAGCGCCGUCAAUCAAGGACACUGCCACCCGGUCAUCGUCGGCGCGCUCGUCGCUCAGGCUCAGAAGCUCACGCUCAGCUCGCGCGCGUUCUACAACUCGGCCUUCGCACCGUUCGCGGAGAAGGUGACCAAGACGUUCGGGUACGAGAUGGUGUUGCCCAUGAACACGGGUGCCGAGGCGGUCGAGACGGCGCUCAAGCUGGCCCGCAAGUGGGGGUACAUGAAGAAGGGUAUUCCGGAGGGCAAGGCUAGGUUGCUCUCUGUCAGCGGCAACUUCCACGGUCGAACGUUGGGUGUCAUCUCCAUGUCUACCGAUCCCGAAUCGCGAACUGGGUUCGGUCCCUUCCUCGACCGUGUAGGUCCCGGUGUCGACGACAUGGUCAUCCGCUACGACAACGCCGAUGACCUUGAAAAGGUCCUCGACAAGUACGGUCACGAGGUCGCCGCUUUCCUCGUGGAACCCAUCCAAGGCGAGGCUGGAAUCGUCGUACCCUCCGAUGGAUACCUCAAACGCGUCGAACAGCUCUGUCGCAAGCACAACGUACUCUUCAUCUGCGACGAGAUCCAAACCGGUCUCGGACGAACCGGAAAGCUCCUCUGCCACCAACACGACGGUGUGCGUCCCGAUAUCGUCACCCUCGGCAAAGCUCUGAGCGGUGGAGUCUACCCCGUAUCCGCCGUCCUCGCGGAUAGGGAGGUCAUGCUCUGCAUCAAACCUGGCGAACACGGUUCCACCUACGGCGGAAACCCUCUUGGUUGCGCCGUCGCCAGUGCAGCCAUCGACGUUUUGCUGGAUGAAAACCUCUGCGAUCGAGCCGAGGUGCUCGGCGAGAAAUUCCGCAGCGAUCUGCGCGCCAUCGACCACCCGCUGCUGUCCAGCGUUAGGGGUAGAGGUCUGCUCAAUGCCAUUGUCAUUGAUGAGAGCAAGUCCAGCAAGGGUAGGUCCGCAUGGCAGCUGUGCUUGUUGCUGAAGAGCAAAGGUUUGUUGGCAAAGCCGACGCACAGGAACAUCAUCAGGCUGGCUCCUCCGCUGGUUAUCAGUGAGGAGGACCUGGAUAAGGGUGUGAGGAUCAUCAGGGAGGCACUGCAGGAGUUGGAUGUGGUGGAGAGCAUCCCUGGUGAUGACGAGGAGCACUAG